UUCUUGCACAGCCAACCACUUGAAGAAGGAAUUCUUCAACCCCUUGUUUCCAAAGACCUUGGACUAUUUUCUGCUGCUCAACUCCCUUCGCUCCCCCGUUUCAGUGAACAAAAGGUCCUAAGAGGAGGAUGAGGCAGCUAAGAGGAAAACCCAAAAAAGAGACCUCCAAAGACAAAAAGGAGAGAAAACAGGCAAUGCAAGAGGCCCGGCAACAAAUCACCACCGUCGUGCUUCCCACGCUGGCUGUUGUAGUACUGCUGAUUGUUGUGUUUGUUUAUGUAGCGACUCGUCCAAAUACAACUGAAUGAUGCAGCGUUUCAGACUUCCUAGCUUUGGGGUAUUAAUAAUUCCGUCAAGAGCCAAAAGGAACUCGCUGCCACUCUUUUAGUACUUUACAAAGGAACUUGCUGGUAUUUUCAGUCUUUCUCUUGGUUAGGAUCCCGCAGUUUCUCUUUAGGAAUGUAACAUAAAACGUAUUAGUGAAUGUGCCAGUACGUUUUAUGGUCCAGUUCAUGUGCCUUUCAGACUUUUAAAAUGGUGGUUUUCUUAAAUCUGUUUGAAGCUCUAUAUUGUAAAAGGAAAUCGUGUUCUGCUAUAAAUUUGUAAAAAACCCAGCUUUCAGCUUUUAUCACUGUUGUGGAUGAUGUUGCUCCCAUGAGCUCUUGUGUGUCUAUUUCAGAACUUCCAAAGAAGUACAUUUCUUCUUUGUACUUCACGUCAUAUGAAGUGCUUUGAUUCAGAAAGGAUAUAUUUAUUUUUUGAAUAAAAGAGAGAAGUCUUACUUGGAAUCUUCAAAUUAUUUUGCAAAAAAUGUGACUUAUUGUGAAAGCCUACAUUGUGUAAUAAUUUUUUCAUUAAACACUAUAU